AUGGGGGCUACAGAAUUUGAGGGUAUACUAGACCCAGAGGUUGCUGAGAGAUGGUGGGAAAAAGUCGAAGAUGUGAUGAACUUAAUAAAUUGCACUCCAGAGGAUCGACUUAAGUACGUUGUUUCUUUGUUCGUGGGUAAUGCCUUGAUUUGGUGGAGGUCUGUAAAGAGGGGAUAUGAGCCAAGAGAAAUAACUUGGGCUGAGUUUCAGAAAGAAUUUGAUGAUAAAUACAGACCCAAGAUGUACCGAGACAAGAAGAGGAUGGAGUUUCUGAAUUUAGUGCAAGGGGAUGAUCAGACAGUGGCAGAAUAUGAACUCCGUUUUGCCGCACUAGCCAAAUAUGCACCAGAAGCAAUUGCAACGCAGGAGGAUCGUUGUUAUCGUUUUGAGCAAGGGCUACGACCGGAGAUCAGAAGAGGUCUCGCAGUCAGAAUUACAAAUUUUAAAACUCUUGUUGAAUCGGCGGUUCGGAUGGAAGAAGCAGUAAUGGAGGACAAGAAGAAGGGGGAAGAGAAGAGGAAAUCAACAUAUGCAAUAGGGGAAUCGAGUAGGUUGACCAAAAGGGGAACCGGUCGCUCAUUCUCAGCGGGAAGUGGGAGUUUUACACGUGGUGGUCCCAUUUUUCGAGGAAGUAGUGGACAGAGGUUCAGGGGAUCCACGGGCUGGUCCCAUUUUUCGAGGAAGUAG